AUGGUUCCAAAGCUGCUCACUUCCCGACAUUGUCUGCUCUCUGCUGCUGGGCUCAUGGGAAUGGUGGGCUACUGCCACGCCCCACCUCCUGGUUUAACCUGGGCUCAGUGGUUUUGAAUCCAGCACAUAAAUAUGACCCACCCCCAAUGCAAUAAUGCAAUGCGGGUAGUUAACGAUUACAGAAGACGAUGCAAAACCAGAUAUAGUUUUCUUCAUACAACUUUCGCUGAUGUAGUUAAUUCUGGAACCCAAAAUAUAGCCUGUCUUACAAGCCAAAAUACAAAUUGUCAUAAUAGUUCAGUCCAGGUGUCUUUAACCUAUUGUAACCUCACAAGUCCACCGACUCCUGUUGCUAACUGCCGAUAUGCACAGACAUCAGCACGGAUGUUCUACAUUGUUGCUUGUGAUAAAAGAUCUCGACAGGACCCUCCCGUUUAUCCAGUGGUUCCAGUUCACCUGGAUGGAAUCAUAUAAGCUGCUAUGUCGGCGCUUCGUGUCAUAGCUCAUCUGUCAAGCUUCACGGUCCCAGCAAAGAUGCCAUCCCUCCACGCACCCUGAGCUUCAGCAUCUGUGCUCUCAGUCCACAAUCUCUUUGACGCUUUCCUGAGCUCAUGGGCCUUUUGGACCUUGCAAUAAACUUCUUAGCAGAAUCAUCAA